GGGUGUCAGCGCGGCGGAGGGCCAGGGGGUUAGAGAGGAAGCCUGCGCCGGCCUCGUUCUCCCGGCGGCCUCAGCGCUGCUCUCACGGGGCCCCAGCUCAGGCCGCGGGCCCAGCCCAGAGGAGACGGUUGAGAAGAUGGAGUAAAUGAACGGGUGAUUGAGUGAUAGGUAAAUGGUCGGAAACGAAACCCCGGGUCUGGGUCUGGAUACCACCGACUCCCCCAAUCAGUCCUGCAGCCCAGAAGCUUUGUGGGGACCGUGGACUAGGAGACGGCAGAUACUGCUAAGCCCACGCGGUGGAGGGUGUCGAGACCUUGGUUAUGUAAUUCAUGGGGCUGCAGAGGCGGUUGGUUGAUUUCUACAGUUAGACUGUCUAGUACUCCUUGCCUUCCUUUCUUUCCAAGGCUCAGUUGACAGAUUGUAUGUUACAGCAUGUAUGCGGACGUCAAUGUCUUCCGUCAAAAUUUUACUGUUUAUUGCCAAAUAUUACGCAGAAUUCAGGUCACGGAAUGAGUGACGUUGGCGCCUGCCAAAUGAGAAGAUACUUCCGGUCUGGAAGUGUGUGUGUGUGUGUGUGAGAGAGAGACACUGAAGCAGUUGAGCCAAUUUAUUUAACCUUCUCAGUAACUUAUUAUCUGUAGUUUUGAAAGAGGAAAUUGAGGUACAGAGAAUAGAUAAGUUGCUAGUAAGUGGCCGAAAGCUGCAGCAGAGAUAAAUCCACUGUGCAACUGCAGCCUCGGUGAAUGGUACUUGGCCAACUAACCAAUUCAAGAAGGGCUUCAGAGAAGAGUACAUCAGCCAAGGCAGAGCACACCCGGCAGAGUCUUCAGAAGUCGAAGUCAAGGUAUCCCUCCAUGAAUGCCAGCAGAGUCCUCUCCAGUUGGGUGAACAAGUCUGCGCCAAUGCAGGAUGUCUGUGAAAUUGAGUCACUGGGGACAGUAGGAAACAGACUCCAAGAGGAUGAAUCCCGGGAUUCUACAUUUGAACAAAAAUAUGCAUGUGAGAGCAUGAAGGAAAACUCUCCUGAAGAGGUGCCCAGGUCAUGUUUUUUCCAGGAAGGAGGUUUUGGGGGAAUAACUUUCAUCCAAAAGGAAGCACUUCCUAAAAUGAUGAGCCAAGAAUAUAAUUUUGAGAAGAGGUUGCUUUUGACCUCAAGCCUUGUUACUCAUCUCAGGGUUUCUACAGAAGAUAGUCUACAUCAGUGGGAGACAAGUAGCAUACACACCAAUGAGAUUUCAAACCAAAGUAAAUGCUCAACCCUCUCCAUUCGGAAAAAGUCUUGGAAAUGUAACGAAUGUGGAAAAACAUUUACUCAGAGCUCAUCCCUUACUCAACAUCAGAUAACUCAUACUGGAGAGAGACCCUAUGUAUGUGAGGAAUGUGGGAAAGCCUUUAGUUGUAAUUCAUUCCUUGUCCAGCAUCAAAGAAUACACACUGAAGUGAAACCAUACAGAUGUGAGCAAUGUGGGAAAACAUUUCGUUGUCGAUCAUUUCUUACUCAGCAUCAAAGAAUCCACACUGGAGAGAAACCUUAUAAAUGUAAUGAAUGUGGGAAUUCCUUCCGCAAUCAUUCACAUCUCACUGAACAUCAGAGAAUUCACACUGGAGAAAAACCUUAUAAAUGUAAUAGGUGUGGGAAGGCAUUCAAUCAGAAUACACACCUCAUUCAUCAUCAGAGAAUCCACACUGGUGAGAAACCUUAUUCGUGCAAUGAAUGUGGCUCUUCUUUUCGUAAACACUCAAACCUUAUACAACAUCAGAGAAUUCACACGGGAGAAAAACCCCAUAAAUGUGAUGAUUGCGGGAAAACUUUUCAAACAAAGGCAAAUCUUUCUCAGCAUCAGAGAAUUCAUACUGGAGAGAAACCCUAUAAAUGUAAGGAAUGUGGAAAAGCUUUUUGUCAGAGUCCAUCACUUAUUAAACACCUGCGAAUUCAUACUGGAGAGAAACCUUAUAAAUGUAAAGAAUGUGGCAAAGCUUUUACUCAGAGUACCCCACUCACAAAACAUCAGAGAAUUCACACAGGGGAGAGACCCUACAAAUGCAGUGAAUGUGGUAAAGCUUUCAUUCAGAGCAUUUGUCUUAUUCGGCAUCGGAGAAGUCACACUGGAGAAAAACCGUAUAAAUGCAAUGAAUGUGGGAAAGGGUUCAAUCAGAAUACCUGCCUCACUCAGCACAUGAGAAUUCACACUGGAGAGAAGCCCUAUAAAUGUAAAGAAUGUGGGAAAGCCUUUGCUCAUAGCUCAUCUCUUACUGAACAUCAUAGAACUCACACUGGUGAGAAGCUCUUUAAAUGUAGUGAGUGUGAGAAAACCUUCCGCAAGUAUGCACACCUUAGCGAACAUUACAGGAUUCACACUGGUGAGAAGCCUUAUGAAUGCAUUGAAUGUGGAAAAUUCUUCAGACAUAGUUCAGUGCUUUUCAGACAUCAGAAACUUCACAGAGGUGAAUGAACCUGGCAUUAGGUAAUAGCAGUUUCUCAAGAAACAGUGGCUAGGAAUCUGGCUGAGGAGUGGGGACAGGUAUAGUUCCUGGAAGGAAGGAUGAAAUAGCCUUAAAUGCUGCCCUCAUAAGAGUAUUUCCAGAAAUAUAUGUAGGGGGUUAGAGAAUGCAGAGCCUAGGUGGGCAUCUGGGAGUACAGGGUAGAAAGGAAGUUCCUGCUUUUCAGAUAAAUCCUUGCUGCUUGCCACUGCUCUCUUCUUAUGUGACUCUCAAACCUUGAGGUGCCAUUUGUUAAGUUAGUGUCUGUCUUUCCCUUACUACACUCACCUAUCUUCCCAAAUUGUCAUGUAUGUUCACUCACCAGUUGGCUUAGAUGCUUUUCCAAACUCUCAUUUUGAAAGUGGCAGCAGUUUAAGGUAGUGCUAAGUAGCCUCUAGAUUUCUGAGGCACCUCUGACCAUGUUACUGUGGGGGAAGCUGCUCACCCUGUGGAAGUGGUCCCAUAAAGGGGAGACAGAAACAAGUGAAAGAUGGUCCAUAUUCAUUUACCAAUGAGAUAUGGACCAAGAACGGGUGAUCUCAACAUGUACGUUGGUAAAGAAGGCUUUUAUCAGAAUGAGGGAGAUCUUUCCUGAUCCUAUUAAGCUGAAGAAAGAAAUAGGUCAAGAGAGACUUUUCUUGAAUGAUGCCACUUCUGGGAAGGCCAUGGGGAGGAAGGCCCAACCUCUGUUCGAGAGAAACAGUAGCUUAUCCAGGAUGGAAAUGUCCUGUGCUUGGCUAGUGAUCAUAAGCCACAGAGCAGGAAACCUGCUUAUGCCUGAGCAAGCCAUCAGCAUACCACUGGCCUAGACAGAGGUGUACACCUUUCUCUUGAGCUUAUAAAUGUGGCUGGGUUACUGGUUCACAGGGAAUCGGGGAGAGGAACCCACUAAGAUUAACUGUCUAAACCAAAUGGAAUUCAACUCAGUUUGUUUGCCUUUAAGGAGAAGAAAGCGUUAGCGAAGAAGGAAGACAGCCUUUUAGAUUGGCUGGAGUUGGGGGAUGCUGCACCAGGCCUAAUGAAAGUGUUGGUCACUAGUUGGGAGGGCUAGGUUUCAUGUAAUUAUGCCACUUGGUGGUAUAAUACAGAUUUGUUAGGUCUCAGGUGUUUCUAAUUUUAUUGGGCAUAUGUUGUCCUGGAUAUUUACCCUUAGGUACAGAUUAGGAGUAUCUAGGGCAGUGAUUGCGAACCUAUGACAUGCGUGUCAGAGGUGACACGCGAACUCAUUUUUUUUGGUUGAUUUUUCUG